AUGUUGCUGAACAUUCUAUUACUUACGCUUGUCUGGAUGAGCCGUCCUAUACUUGUUUGCGGAAACCUCUCACCUUUCUUUACCCGCUAUCUGCUCAGGUCGUCAGACUACAACGCAGGGGACAGUAUACGAAGAGCUUUUAGUACCUCCGGCUCAGAAAAUAGAGACACCAAGAAAGAGAACAGCACUUCCCUAGACAAAAGCUGGGAAAAUGCUAUAUUGUUUGCUUAUACAGCUGAGCAAGACCUAGAUCCUAAGCAAGGGAAUACCUCCAUUUCAGCCGGUAUAGAAAUAACAUGCACAGCAUGCUAUAUCAAAGGAACAGCCACGACCAGAUUCAUCUCCGAUAAGGACUUCAACAUCAGCCGGGCUCUGGAUGAUUUGACGGAUCAAGUCGAGAACGAAAUCUACAAUUUAAGGACCGAAGUUGCGAAUUACACAAAGGAAUAUAUAGAUCAGGUAACAGAUAACCUGGAAGAUGGAUUCGACAUGGACGAUUUCAAUCUGCCAACCAUGGAUUUCGACCUCAAUAUUGAUCUUCCUGAGAUUCCAGAGUUCCGAAUUGAAUUCCAAUUCGAUGGCUUAGAGGUGUACAUGCUCGUUGACACAGUAUUAUCUGCUGGUGCCACCUAUACUCUGAACUUGUAUACCUCUACUACGCCUGCAGGGUUUGCAGUUCGUCACAACCUGGAAGUUGGUGUCAUCUUCACUGUUGACCUCAUUGUGUCUGUAGAAGGUGAAAUUGAUAUCAGUACCGGAUUCCAUCUAAAGCUAGAUGAUGGCGUGACGAUUGAACUUGGCAUCUUCUCUAAGGAGAUAUCGAAUAUGGUUAUCAAUGGUGGCGAGUUUGAAUUUCUCCCAGUCACUGUCGAGAGUGCUGGUGUAGUGUUCAAGGCUGUCCUUCGUUUGGGGAUACAAGCGGGUUUUGAAAUAUCAUCAUCUGACGUAUCUAUUGCUGGAAAAGACAUAUUUCGUAUUGGUGCUGGCAUUGAAACGGGCGUUUAUGCUAAUAUUGCUGAGCUGAUCACUAAUGUCACUCUUUCCACCGAAGAGGACGACCAAUGCGGUCUUCGCGUCGAGGAAGCAUAUCAACUUGCUGUCGGAGCUGCUGCAGGAGCUUCGGUUGCCAUUGAAGACAUAACGUGGGGACCAGCUGUCGAAACCGAAGUUCCUAUCUUUUAUACUACGCUGGCACAAGCUUGUGCCGUGCAAAGAAGCAGUGGCGCUAUAUCUGCAUACCAGGCAACUCUGACAUCUGCUGCCCUCGCAAUAAGAGGUGAGGAUGAAUAUGAAGCGGAGAUGGAGACAACUACGAUCUCUGAAGAAGCGACUUUCAUUGCUGUAGCAUUCCCGACCGACAGCGAAGCCUUUUUUCCUGACUCGGUCAGAUUCACGUCUGUGAGACCAAUUCCGUUUGGAGACUCUGCAAAGAAGUUGUUUACAACAUCAGGCAUUCCCGAAUCCUACGUUCCGCAGCCCCCGACACAUUCGGCUACUACCAGCGCAACUGAUGAUGAUGGUGAUGGUAAUGAAAAUACCAGCUCAAACGCAAAGAGCGGAAGAUUGUCUAAUAGUGUCAUCAUCGGUCUGAGCGUCGGGCUUGGAGUACCUUUUCUCUUGGGCGGAAUCGCUUUCAUUUUCGUUUGGAGACGCAAAAUGCGACUUUCUAAGGAAAUAUUGUCAACUUCUAUCCAGACUGUUGAGCAUACACCACCGUCUUCCAAGACUGCAAUUGCAUCUGUAGUCGAACUGAGGAGCCUUUGA